CGGGGGCGGGCCGGGCCGGGCCGGGCCGGGCAGGAGCGGCCAUGGGGAACCUGUUCGGGCGGAAACGGCGGAGCCGCGUCACGGAGCAGGACCGGGCCGUGCUGCAACUGAAGCAGCAGCGGGACAAGCUCCGGCAGUACCAGAAGCGGCUGAGCCUGGGGCUGGAGCGGGAGCGGGCGCUGGCCCGGCAGCUGCUCCGGGACGGCAAGAAAGAGAAGGCCAUGCUCCUGCUGAAGAAGAAACGGUACCAGGAGCAGCUGCUGGACAAAACAGAGAACCAGAUCAGCAACCUGGAGCGGAUGGUCCAGGACAUUGAAUUCACCCAGAUUGAGAUGAAGGUCAUCGAGGGCCUGAAGAUAGGCAACGAGUGUCUGAACAAAAUGCACCAGGUGAUGUCCAUAGAAGAGGUGGAGAGGAUAAUAGGAGAGACCCAGGAUGCUGUGGAGUACCAGAGGCAAAUAGACGAGCUCCUGGCUGGCAGCCUGACUGAGGAGGAUGAAGAUGCCAUUCUAGAAGAAUUAAAUGCCAUUACUCAGGAACAGUUGGAGCUCCCAGAAGUUCCUUCAGAGCCACUCCCAGAGAAGAUCCCAGAAGUGUCACCCAUCAAGAACAGGCCAAAGGCAGAGCUGGUGGCAGCAUCUUAACUCCCAGUGCUGGGGAUCCCCCUCCAGACUCUCCCCCUGGACAGUUUGCCCUCCCAGAGUGUGCUGGGAGCAGGCAAUGCCUUGGCAGCAUCCCAGCUGUGCUGGGUGGAUUGUGGAGCAGGAUUCCCUGCACGGGGUGGGGAACCUCAGCUGAUUAUCGCUCUUGUAUCAAGAUUAUUUUCUAGUGCUUUCUUUUUUUGUAACUUAAACUCCAGACUCACUCAGCUGCGCUGUCUCGGGAUUAAACAGCAACUCUAAAUCAUCCAAAGCCAAAUUUUUCUCUGUAGGUUUGAUUCUGGUGGUCAGUCUGCCUUUGCUCUGGCCAAACCCCAGGAAAUCAGAGCGACCAUGGGCUGGGUGAGCACGAGCCUGUGGAGCACUCUGGUGUCCGUGUCCCUCUGUCCCUGCUCUGGCCUGUGUCCAUCUGUGCAGGGCUGGCCCUGGCCCUGUCCUGCUGCCCCUGGGCAGUGCUGGAGCUCUGGGCUGGACCCCCCUGGCUCUCACAGAGCCAGCCCCAGGCUGGGGUUUGCUCUGGGCCCAGCCUGGGUGCUCAGCCCUGCUCCUGCUGGGAGCUGGGGGGCCGGGCAGGGCUCAGCCCUGGGCUGCCAGAAAUCUCCCCCAAUGCCACCGUGGAGCUCCUGCCAGUGCCAGGAGCCAUCAGGAGCCAGGAUUCCUCCCUGGUGGGCCCUGCUGCAGCGUCAGAGUUCAGCUUUGGCAGGAUGGAUGAUGGAUCCACAGACUCUGCUGCUCCUGCUGGUGUUUCCUCGGGGACUGGACGCGUUUCCUUGUGCUGCUGUGGACACUGAAGCUGCAGGAAUCAGCACUCCAGAGUGCCCUGGGAGCCCUGCAGGGAGCCCCAACCCCUCUGAGGACUCAGGGGAUGCUGAAGGCUCUGGAACUCUGCUGGCAGCCAGGUGGUGGCAGAUCUGGCUGCUCUUGGAACGAGCUCACCUGCCAGCUUGCAGAUGCUCUUCAGGACACUGCAGAUCUUUAUUUAUGAUGUUCUUGAAGCCACAGCCCUUCAUCUGCGUUCCUGUGACAGCAGAAUGACUGGAGGGUCCUUGGAGACUUUGUGGGGCUGUUAUUGGGGUUGUGGGAUCUGGUGCUAGACAAAAAGUGACCCCGGGGACCGGGCCAGCAGCAGCUCUGGGUGGAGCUGUGCUCUCCCUGUCCUCUCUCUUGUGUUCCACAGACUGGCCAGGGCAUCCUCAUCCUCCUCGUGUGUCCCCAAGGCAGUGAGUGCCUUGGAGCCACCCCAUUCCCACUGCUGUGUCCCCACUAAUGUUCCAUAGCAGCCCCCCAGUCCCUGGGCCUGGGUUUGACACCAGCACGGUGCUGGCAGAGCCUCUGGAGCUGCACUGGAUGAUCCCAGGGCUGUGUCCCUGCUCUCCCCAGCCCUGCCAGGACAGGACAGGACAGGUCCUGCUCUGCUGCCGGCGCUUCAUUCUCUGCUCAGUCCCGGCUGAGCUGCAACGCAGCCCAUUCCCAGCAGAGAGAGCCUUGGCUUCACCAGAGCCCUGCUGCCAGGAGCAGUUCUGCUCCUCCAGAGCCUUGGCUUCACCAGGAGCAGUUCUGCUCCUCCAGGGCUCCUUCAGCGGGUGCUGGGCUGUCCAAGGUGGCCCUGCUUCACCUGCAGGGACCAUUACUUCCACUGCUGGUGCUUUGGGGAAUCCCUGUUCCCUGGGGUUGGCAUGGCCACAGCAGAGGCCUGAGGAGGGUGUGCUGCAUCUCCCUGCUCUGGUUUUGUCUCUGGUGAAUGUCCUGGCAGCAGCAGAGAGGAUCCAGCCCUCGCAGGGAUGCUGUGCCAAGGCCAGGCCAGGUCCUGGUGGCUGCACUCCUCCUGGGUAUGAGGGGGAAGCAGGGCUGGUGCUGAAGGGGUUAAUGCAGCUCCUUCCAUUGCUUGUUGCCACAGUGGAGAGGCCAUUUACUGAUCCAGCAGGAGGGUUUGGAGCAGCCUGGCCACAGCUCCCUGUGCCAAUCGCUGUCCCCACAGCUCCUGGGUCUCCUGGAGGAAGGGCCAGGACGGGCUGUGACCUCUGGGCUGUGCUGUGACAAUAAACUGGCUCUGGUGGCUCCAGUGA